UCCAAAUCUCGAGUGUUAACAUCUGAAAUUUGAACAAAAGGCCUCCUGUAGCGUGUAGCCGAGGAGAAGUGACAACUGAGACUGAGAGAGUGAAGAUUUCCUUCUUCUGCAAAUUUCAUGGCGACUGAAGAGGUCAAGAAACCCCCAUCCCUUCCUCCUUACCCUGAGAUGAUUCUGAAGGCCAUUGAAGGUUUGAAUGAGAGUAAUGGCUCAAACAAAUCCUCAAUAUCAAGAUACAUUGAAUCAACUUAUGGGGAAUUGCCUGCCGGGCACUCUGCACUACUGUCUGAUCACCUCAGCAAAAUGAAAGAUAGCGGUGAGCUGGUUUUCUGGAAAAACAACUACACAAAGGCAGACCCGAAUGCACCACCGAGACGGGGACGUGGGAGGCCCCCAAAACCCAAGGAUCCAGAUCAGGUACAGGCUGCUGACUUGGCCUCUGGAAGGCCCAGGGGACGCCCACCUAAGGAUCCGGAUGCGCCCCCAAGACCUCCCAAGGUCAAGGCAUCUCCAGGAAGUGAGAAACCAAGAGGACGACCAAGGAAGAUGGCUCGCCCCACUGGAGGUUUAAGUGGCUCGACAACCACAACAAACUCGGUGACUGGGAGGCCGAGGGGUAGACCUCCAAAGGUGAAGGAUUCAUUGACUGAAGUGAGCAUUCAGCAGUAGAUGUUUAGUGUGCUAUUAGUGGUACUGUUUUAGUGUUCUUAGUCUCUCUACAUCCCCAUUCUCUGUGUAGGAUUCAAAGCUGUGCUUUAGUUUAGUUGUGUCGUGCUAUCUUAACUGUCUGAACAAUGUGUAAUGAAGUUGUCAUUUGAGGUUCCACUGGUUUCUGGUUAUAAAGUCAUGGAGGAGACAUGACUGUUAUUGGUAGUAGAAUUGAAAUUUGUUUAGUUCUUGUGGUUUGAAG